AUGGAUAUCAUAUCAUUCUUCCCUUCAUGGAUUCUUCCAACAACAUUACUUCUCUUCUUUACUUCCAUCUUCAUGUAUGCUCUUCGUAGGAGGAGCUCAUCCAUCAAGCUUCCCCCAGGCCCUAAGAGGCUUCCAAUAAUAGGGAACCUUCACCAAGUGUUGGGUAAAGAGGGUGUCCAUCAAACCCUAUGGAACCUCUCCCAGACAUACGGCCCAGCUAUGCUUCUUCAUUUUGGAGCCCAACCAUUCCUCGUCAUUUCCUCUAGUGAAAUGGCUACUGAAGUCUUAAAAACUCAUGAUGAGAAGCUGUGUACGCGUCCGUACUCUAAGGCUACCAAGCUACUGUCAUUUAACUACAUGGACGUUGCCUUCGCACCACACAAUGAUCAUUGGAGAGACAUGCGCAAGGUUUUGGUAUCUGAGUUCUUGGGUGCCAAAAGGAUAGAUUAUAUAAAAACGUGA